UAACACAUCUUAAACUAUUUUGGAAGCUAAGCGGACCUCUAAACUUAAAAGCCGAGACACCAGUACAGUCACGCAAAGUAGGAAUGUCUGCUCGUGUCUGCUACCUGUCAGCUUUGUUUACAACUUUUGAAGUUGAUACGUGAAGGAUAGAGCUCUCUUGCAAGGCUUCCGUAAUUUUUGAUUCCUUCUUAAUCAUUUUAAAGCAACGAUUUUCUAUGUGAAACUAUGAUUUCGGUCUCAGAUGAUUUAUGUGUCACACUAAUUGAAUUGGCCUCAGAAUAUGUGAAAGGACCAUCACCUGUACUAUCUCAGGAAAAACAUUGUGUUGCUGUGAAAAAUGCUUCACUCUUUGGUAAAAUACUCCCCAUUGUUGAAGCUUUCGUGCGAGGCCCAAGUGAUAAUUCAACCAUUUCAGUCUUAUCUGAUAAUUUAAACAGUCUAUCGUUAUCAAGCAAUUCAGCGGAGAAAUGUGUAACAUUCUUGAAAAGAUUGAAGAGUGAAAUUCAUACUGAUCCUUCCGCACACCAUUUGUACUUCCCUUCUGUCUCUGAUGUGAAAUGGCGGGUAGAUAUCACCAUAUCAUCCAGCACUUUGUCUAGAGUGUUGGAACCAAACAUUGUCAUGGAGCUAGAUCUUAGUGACGGGCAAAAAGUUACAUUUGAGCUGUCUGUCUCAAAGUUUCAUAAACUGAGAUACACUGUUGCUUCUAUUCUCAAAGAAAUGGAUGCCAUGAACAAUAGAAUGAGCGCUGUCAAAAUUUAGUGAUACCGAUACCCUGUGAUGUUUGUAUAUUUUUCUACCGAGUAAAAACUUCUAGCUUUUGCAUUA